AACAAAUUAUGGCAAAUUACCGAGUUUUGGUAGUUUUAGUGCUUAUAUCAGUUCUAUUAGAUGCAGCUCUGGCUCAAACAAAACCUGGUUGCCCUAAUCAUUGUGGGGACGUCACUAUUCCAUACCCAUUCGGUGUUGGAGAAGGGUGUUACCUUGAUCAAAGCUUCCAAAUAAGCUGCAACUCCUCCUCCAACAAACCCUACUUACAUCAACAUACCAAUGCGACUGUUCUUGAUAUUUCAGUCGAAAGCGGAGAGCUUAGGGUUUUAUCACAAAUGGUGUCCGAAUGUUACGACGAUUCGUAUCAGACCAAUUGGAUUCUGCUUAAUUUCUCUCCUUUCACAGUUUCUAGCACCAGAAAUAAAAUGGUCGCCGUAGGAUGUGAUACUGUUGCUGCUGUCAGCGGAUUGGAGUUUUAUAACGUCACCGGUUGUUUUUCUCUGUGUUCUAAUCUGAGUGAUGUUAAUAGUUCUUGCAUUGGUAAAGGUUGCUGUGAAACAACCAUAUCUCAAGGAAAUACAGAAAUUGCUAUCGUGACCAAUAGUUAUCAAAACUACACAAACGUAUCGACAUUCAGUCCAUGCAGUUACGCAUUCGUGGUUGAGCAGGGAAACUACACUUUCUCUUUUACCGAUUUGUUGAAUUUGAAAAAUGGAAAAGAAUUUCCGGUGAUUCUCGAUUGGGGGGUUGGAAAUAUAACGUGUGAAAAAGCUCAAAGAAACAAAGAAAAGUAUGCGUGUAAAGAGAACAGUGAGUGUUUUGAUCCUGAUAAUGCUUAUGGAUAUCGGUGCAUCUGUUCUGUAGGUUAUCAAGGGAAUCCCUAUCUACCACAUGGUUGCCAAGGUACGCGAAUUAUAUCUGAAAAGCCUAAUCUAUACUGUAAUUACAUAGCCUAUAGACAAUACUUAUUUAUUUUCAAUGAUAUUCUGUUUGUAGGUGUAAGUAUAGGCAUCCUUAUCCUUCUUUUGGCUGUAUCUUGGCUAUACUUUGUAUUAAGAAAAAGGAGACUUCUUCACCUUAAAGAAAAAUACUUUCAAGAAAAUGGUGGUUAUUUGUUCAUGCAAAAGAAUUCUGGUCAAAACUCUACCAAAGCAGCAAAAAUAUACACUGAAAAUGAUCUGAAAAAAGCAACAGAUAACUUCCAUGAAAGUCAAAUUUUAGGUAAAGGUGGACAAGGCAUAGUCUACAAAGGUACAUUACCAGAUAAUCAAAUAGUUGCUGUCAAGAAAUCAAAAAUUGGAGAUGACACCCAAGUCGAAGGGUUCAUUAAUGAAGUUAUGAUUUUAUCCCAAAUCAAUCAUAGAAAUAUAGUCAAACUAUUGGGUUGUUGCUUGGAGACUCAAGUCCCGUUGCUCGUUUAUGAGUUCGUGACGAACGGAACCCUAUUUGAUCAUAUUCAUAGUGAUAAUGGUACCAACGGGAGAAUUUUAAUUCCUUGGGAAACACGUUUAAGAAUUGCAACUGAAGUCGCGGAAGCACUUUCUUACAUGCAUUCGGCUGCUUCUACUCCUAUUAUUCAUCGCGAUAUUAAGUCUGCAAACAUACUUUUAGACAAGAAUUACACUGCAAAGGUAUCUGAUUUCGGAGCUUCGAAGUUGAUUCCUUUAGACAAAAGUGAGUUGACAACACUAGUGCAAGGAACUUUUGGAUAUUUAGAUCCUGAGUACUUUUAUUCGAGCCAGUUGACCGAAAAGAGCGAUGUUUAUAGUUUUGGAGUUGUUCUUAUAGAGCUAUUAACAAGAAAGAAGCCGAUAUCUUUUACAAGAAUAGAAGAAGAGAGGAAUUUGGCAAUGUAUUUUGUUACUUCAAUUCAAGAAAAUCGAUUGCUUCAAGUUGUCGAUUAUCUAUUAAUAAAUGAGAAGAAUAAUGAGGACAUAAAGAGAGUGGCAAUGCUGGCAAAAAGGUGUGUAAGUGUAAGAGGAGAUGAAAGGCCUAAAAUGAAGGAUGUGGCAAUUGAAUUAAGAGGAUUAUGUUCAACAGAAAAUCAUCCAUGGGAGAAAAAUGAUUUAUUAUGUGAACAAGAAACUCAAGGCUUGCUUCCAAAUUCAUCUAAAAACGCUAUUGAUGCUAUGAAUGAUAGUAUAGUAAAAUCUGUCAUUUUCGAAAUUGGAAGAGGCCGUUGAUUGUCUUUUGACAUCAAUAUGUUGUUUAUCCUGGAUAAAUAUUGUUGUUUAAAGUAAUUAAGUUUUUAUUUAAACUAUCAAUUUUUUUAGGGUUAAUUACAUAUAAAAUCACCACCUUUACACGAAUUUUCAAAAAUAACACGACCUUCAAAACCUGUCAAUUCAGGGCAUCACCUUUCAUUUC